AUGUCUGUUCCAUUGACUUUAAGUACACCUAUUUUAUAUAUUGUUUCAAACUUAGGUUCAAAGUGCUAUUCGAAUGUUGACAGAAACUACUAUGACCAAAAGAUACUCAUGCGUAUAAACAACACUUUCUCUGCUGGUUUGCCUAUUGUUCAUUCGAAUGCAGAGUUUUCAGCUUUAGUAAACUCAAACACUUUAGCAAACAUAAACUUAACCUUAGUUGACGCAAACUUUGUUCCUGUAAAACUUUUAUGUCCUAUGUAUUUGUCAAUGACGGCAGAAAGUUUCGAAUUGGAAGAUGCAACUGGUGAAAGUAUUGUACUACAAGAACAACUUCAACAACAAAUAGCUCAAGAACAACAAAUGCAACAAAUAGCUCAAGAAUAA